AUGGCCACCCAACAGCAAGUAUUCAUCCUCACCAUCGGCAUCGACUUCGACUGGGCGGCCGCGAACCUGCAGGAGAAGAUCGACACGGCCGCCGUCCGCGCCGCCGUCAUGAAAGGCCUGAAGACGCUCGACGGCGUCGAGGGGCUCACCCACGACCUCUACCUCUUCAUCCCGGACAAGGAGGAGCGCGUCUACGUCGGCGAGAUCGAGCAGAAGCUGCGCGAGCGGUCCUGGGACGGCAUCGUCGUCGGCUGGGGCGUGCGCGCGCAGCCCGACAUGACCGAGGUCUUCGAGCGGACUGUCAAUCUGAUCAAGGACGUCUCGCCCGGUUCGAAGCUGUUGUUCACCGGGCCCGCGCCCGACCAUUUCUCGGCUGUGAAGAGGAACUUUCCGCAUUUGCAGCCGGGGAAGGCGGCGGAGUGA